AUGGCGGUGCCAAAGCUUUGUGCCAUCGCUGUGCUUCUCGCCAGCGCCGUGGCCGUGCGGCAGAUUGCCAAGACAGACGCCGAGGGCACGCACUUGGCUCUCGUCCGCGAGCACGAGCACGUGGCGCAGAACACGACCCAGGCAAAGCACACGCGAUGGUGCUGCAUGUGCGAGACGAACUUCUUCGGCUUUUGCAAGAGCGGCACCGGAACACAGACCAACAGAUGCGGCAACGGCUGCGAAAGGGACUGGGACGGCGCCAAGUGCUGGCAUGUGAGCCAUGACGAUGCUGGGAACGACAACUGCCACGUGUGA